AUGUUCGAAGUUAAAGCAUUUGAGGACGACUUGGACGUCACGCUGAAAGUGAAUAGGAAGAAGUCACUAGCGUACAUGGGAUAUACUUGGAACAACGAAUUCAACCAAAAUGGCGUGCUAAUGGCUGUACUUUGCUAUGGUGGACAUCUGGUGAUGUCAGAUAAUAUAUCAGCUGACAGUUUGAUUACAUUUCUGCUCUAUCAGAUCCAGUUGAGCGAAAAUGUCUUUUGGCUCGCUUUCGUCGUUGCUGGUAUCAUGGAUUGCGUUGGAGCGUCUCGGAAGGUGUUCGAGUAUAUGCAUCGUAAGCCCAAGAUGCCAUUCGAUGGCGAACAACGGCCAAUUCUGCAAGGAACUAUAUGUUUCAAAGAUGUCUACUUCACCUAUCCAUCUCGCCCCAGCAAUCAUGUUUUAAAAGGCCUUAAUCUCACAAUCGAAGCGGGUACGACCGUCGCUUUGGUGGGUCCUAGUGGUGGAGGAAAGUCUUCGAUUGUCUCACUCAUCCAGCAUUUGUAUGAGCCUGAUAGUGGCGUAAUAACAAUCGAUGGUAUCCCAAUUCAAAAUGUGGACCACGAGUACUAUCAUGAACGGGUAGCGCUAGUAGCUCAGGAACCAAUUCUGUACAAUGGAACAGUACGAGAGAAUAUCCUCUACGGCUGUGAUUGGGCUACUGAGGAAGACAUGUUGGAG